AUGUCGCGCGCCGCCCCGCGUCGCCGGGCCAAGGCGAGGGCAAAGACUGCCCUGCUUCUCGUCGGGCUGGUGUGCGUUCUGGCGGUGGUGGUCGUCGUCGUUGUGGCGCCCUUGUCACGGGACGCCGCUGUUGGCCCACCACUCAUGCCGUGGAGCGUGGACGCGGUCCCUGCUGAGGCGCUCUACCGCUUCCUCCUGGGGAGUGGGCCGGAGGUGCUGCGUCACAUCCCAUACCGUACUUGGAAGACGUGGUGUGAGCGGCGUUUUUUAGUCGUGCUCGGUGUCCCGUCUGUGGACAGCCCGCCGCACAGGCUGCGUCGUGACCUGCAGCGUGCAUCGUGGCUACGCUAUGUUGGGGUCGCCACGAGGGCGAAUAAUUUUACCGGGGAUAUGCUGGUCUUGUUUGUGCUUGGGCGUCACCACUCACAAGGCUAUGUUUACUCGUCGGCUGUGCAGGAGGAGGCCGCGCAGUUCUCUGAUGUGUUGGCGUUAGCCAUGAACGAUGGCCGCCCCACUACAGGGAAACGCAUUGGCGGUAGUGGUCAUUGGGGACUGGCAGCAGAGGUUGGCACAAGCCGCAAGUCUAUGAUGUGGUACACUACCGCGCUUCGCCUUUUUCCUCAUGCAAGCUACAUUGCAAAGGCCGACGAUGAUGUGUUUAUUCGUGUCCCACAGUUUCUUGCCGACUUGCACGCACUGCCUCGUCGUGGGCUGUACUGGGGGCGGGUGAUGCAAUGGUUGCCCCAAAAGGGCAACCGCAGCAGCGUGUUUUACUUUGUCGGUGGCAUGUGCAUCACGAUGGCGAGAGACGUGGUGGAGGACAUCACCGCCUUCAGCCCACUACGUCGCCUCUUAGAUUCGCCUCUCGACUCCUCCAACCGGGCUGAGGCCGCCCGGUUUAGUUCCCUCAAUGCCGAGCACGAGGAUGUGAUGUUGGGGCGGGCUCUCUACGAGAUGAGAAGGCCCAACAUUGCCUUUGUGAUUGAAAAAACGUGUCGCUUUCAUGAUGUUCACACGGGCGCCAAUAGGGCGCGCGUCACGUCUCGCUCCGUCGUGGUACAUCACUUAAAGGAGGAGGAGUACGCGCUGCUCGCACUCCGCUUCGCCAAUCGGAGCGCUGACACGGUGAAGCCAAUGACCUUUAAGCGUCGCUCCGGCCCUCUUGGGGAAGUGGGGCAGGUGCGGUACAGUUAUGACUGCUGA